AAAUUAUCAAAAGAAAAAAUACAAAACAAAACGAUGUCGUGUUCCGUUGCUGUAUCUAACUCUCCGGUGUUUUCUUCGUCGUCUUCUCUCUUCUGUAACAAAACGUCGACCCUCUCUCCGUCGGCAGAAGCUCGGAAUUUAACGUUGACCCACCUCAAACAUUCGUCUUCCCCAGCUUCUCCGUCUGCUUCUCCUUUCAGGCUCCGCCUUCAAAAGCCGCCGCCUUUGUAUUUGCUGUCAUCUUCUUCUGCGGUUGCUUCAUCAACGCCAUCGCCUUCCUCGGGUUCCGGCUCAUCUGCUAGUCUGGAACCGGGCUCGGUUCCGGCAAUUUUGAAGAGGAAGAGGCCGGCGAGGCUGGAUAUACCGGUUGCGACGCCGGCUAUGUGUUUGGGGAUGCCGGCGACGCCGUGUGAAACAAGGAGAGAGUUGGAGAGCGAGGGAGAUGGAUAUUCGGUUUAUUGUAAAAGAGGGAGGAGAGAAGCCAUGGAAGACAGAUUCUCAGCUUCUGCCGAACUCCAAGGAAAUUCCAAACAGGCAUUUUUUGGUGUUUUUGAUGGACAUGGAGGAGCUAAAGCUGCAGAAUUUACAGCCCAGAAAUUGGAGAAGAACAUUUUAGAUGAGACUGUUAGAAUGAAAGACGAAACCACUGUCAAGGAAGCUGUUAAACAAGGUUAUUUGAAAACAGAUGCUGAUUUUUUCAAGGAAGAUGCCGCUGGUGGUACAUGCUGUGUGACGGCUUUGAUUCGAAACAGGAACCUCGUUGUAUCUAAUGCCGGUGAUUGCCGUGCCGUAUUGAGCAGAGGUGGUGUAGCUGAAGCUCUCACCUCCGAUCACCGACCUUCGAGGGAGGAUGAAAGGAACAGAAUUCAGAGUUUGGGUGGCUAUGUGGAUUUAUGCCGUGGUGUUUGGAGAGUUCAUGGUUCUCUGGCUGUCUCCAGAGGGAUCGGAGAUCAUCACCUUAAACCGUGGGUGAUCGCGGAGCCGGAGACAAAGAUUGUUCAUAUCGAACCCGAAUGCGAGUUCUUAAUAUUAGCCUCUGACGGCUUAUGGGACAAGGUUGGUAAUCAAGAAGCAGUCGACAUAGCUCGACCGUUGUGUACCAGAAUCAGUAAAUCGCUUCCAUUGUCUGCCUGCAAGAAACUCGUCGACCUUUCUGUUUCACGAGGCUCGUUCGAUGAUAUCAGUGUGAUGCUGAUUCAGUUGGGCCACUAUAUUUGAUUUACCUAAAUACCAAUUAACUCUUGGGAUUGACAGUAUAUUUAGAUCUAAUUGUUGGAGGUGUUUCUGAGACAAGUAGAGGUGGAAAUGGGUUGUUUUUGUUGAGCGGUAGGGUUUAGUCUUUUUAUUGACCAUUCUUUGUGGGGACUUUUUAUGAUUCCCAGCCUCAUUGUUUGUAUAUUUAACAUUCAUUGACACUUGGAGAGGUAAAUUAGGGUAUUCUUAAAAAUAAAAUAAAAUAAAAAA